GUUGAUAAUUUUAUGUUAUAAUUAGACUUGUUUUACAAUGGUCUGUGUAGUGUUGAUAAUUGUGUGUUAUAAUUAGACUGUGGUUUUACAAUUGAUUGUCAUUUGUGUAGUGUUGAUAAUCAUGUGUUAUAGUUAGGCUGUGAUUUUACAAUGGACUGUAGUGUUGAUAAUCAUGUGUUAUAGUUAGGCUGUGGUUUUACAAUGGACUAGUGUUGAUAACCAUGUGGUUGUACAGUGUUAUUACAUGUUACAAUGAAUAUGUAAAUUGUAGUGUUAUCAUUAUAAUACAACUAUAUUACAAUGCACUGUAUAGUGUUAAUUAUACAAGUUACAAUGUACUGUCCAGUGUUAAUUAAUGUGGUUUGUAACUACAGGUGAUUCCCGGAGGAAGAUAAUCGUGUACAGUACUUUUGAUAAUGGUGUUUUGUACAUGUAGCUAGAGGUGAUUCCUUGAGGAAGAUAAAUAUACAUGUAUGUGUACAGUACUGUGAUAACGGUGUUUUGUACAUGUAGCUUGAGGUGAUUGCCGGAGGAAGAUAUAACUGUAAACGUGUACAGUGUACAGUACUUUGAUAACUGUGUUUUGUACAUGUAGCUUGAGGUGAUUCCCAAAGGAAGAUAACUGUGUUUUGUACAUGUAGCUUGAGGUGAUUCCCGGAGGAAGAUAAACGUGUACAGUGUACCGUACUUUGAUACGGGUGUUUUAUACAUGUAGCUAGACUGUGUGCUCGUGUUGUGAUGGACUAUAUGGUGGUUGAGACUGUGAGGCGGUCGCACCGCGGUGGUCGUCGCCAUCGACAACACAAUUACGACUAUGUUACUGUACUUUCAGAUGGGGAAGAGAGUCAGCCGCUGCCCACAUGGAAGACGUACCUGUACACACUACAGCAGGAAGCGCCUCAGCCUAGAAGGAUUAUUUGCCAAAGAGAGGUUCUGUACAAACCACAUUUCUAUGGCAAAGAGUUUCACGGGAACAUAAGUCGUGAGGAGACGGAUCAGCUAUUGAGUGAGGGAGACGGGUGUUAUCUCGUCCGCAAGAGUGAACGGGCGCCAGACGCAUUUACACUGGCCAUCAGAUUCAAUGGAGAAACAAAGAACUUCAAGUUGUAUUACGAGGGAAAGCACUUCGUGGGCGAGAAGCGUUUCGACACGGUACACGAUCUCGUCGCGGACGGGCUCAUCCACUUCUACAUUGAGCUGCGCGCAGCCGACUACAUCUCAUCGCUGUCGAAUGAGUCGAACUACGAGGAGUCCCCGUACCUCGCCUACAACUACAAGUCCAAGUACCGCACGAAGAGCCGAGCUGCCCGCCGCAUCGACCUCACCGACGGGCAGGACGCUGACAGGCUCCAAGUGGACACACCGGAGUGUGUUCCAGAGGAUGAAGAGGACCUUGAUGAUGAUGACUUGCCACCAGACUGGAAGGACACAGAGAAAGCUCACUGUUUUAAACUUCAGAAUUUUAUGGGUCUUCACUGGUGUGACUUCUGUGCUAACUUCAUGUGGGGGUUAAUUGCUCAAGGUGUCAAAUGUCAAGACUGUGGGUUUGAAGCUCACAAGAAGUGUUCCGAGAAGGUUCCGAAUGACUGCAUGCCCGACAUGCGGUACGUGAAGCGUAUCUAUGGUGCUGACCUCACCACGGUGGUCAAGGCUCAGAAGACAGGAAUACCCCACGUCGUGGAGAAGUGUAUCAAGGAAAUAGAAAGCAGAGGCAUGAGCUCUGAAGGAUUGUAUCGCAUAGCAGGUUUCCAUGAUGAUGUUGAAUCAAUCAGAAUGUCAUUUGAUAAAGAUGUUGAUAAUGCAGAUAUCAGUGCAAACAAAUAUGACGAUAUCAACACAAUCACGAGUGCACUGAAGUUAUACUUCCGACUGCUUCCCAUUCCACUGGUUUCAUUUGAUGUCUACAAGCUGCUGCUUGAUGCUAUAAAGCGUGACGAUCUUGAAACCCCUCAGAAAGUGAAGCUCGUAAAAGACAUCUGUAGCAAGAUGGCACCUGCUCAUUACCAAACAUUGAAGUACCUUCUGUGUCACCUGGUUAGGGUUGCAGAGAACAAAGAGAAGACGAUGAUGAGUGCGGAGAACCUGGCGAUCGUGUUCGCGCCCACGCUGAUGCGGCCGCUCGAGACCGACCCCAUGAUCAGCCUGCUUGCCGCCAAGUUCGAACAGAAAGUCAUCGAGCUCAUGCUGCUCAACUACAAGGAACUGUUUUCAAAGUGACACUGCUACAUGGGACAGCAGUAAACAGACACUUCGUAAGGACAAACUGGAUCCUUGUGAAUAACAGACAACAUCCUUGUAAAUCACUGUGAAUAACAGACAUUAGCUUUGUCAAUAACAGUGUCCUUAUGAAUAACAGACUGUUUGUUAUUCAUAGAGAUACUGUUAUUUACAGACAGGAUCCUUGCAGUUAGCAGAAGACAUCUUUGUAAAUCGGUGAAUAACAGACAGUAUCUUUGAGAAUAACAGUAUCCUUAUGAAUAACAGACAGGAUCCUUGCAAAUAACAGACAUCAUUAUAAAUCACAGUGAAUAACAGACGGUAGCUUUGUGAAUAACACUAUCCUUAUUUAUAACAGAUAGGAUCUUUGCAAAUAACAAGAUCCUAGGGAAUAACACGACAUCCUUGUAAAUAACAGAUGGUAUUUUUGUGAAUAACAGUAUCCUUAUGAUUAACACACAGGAUCAUUCCAAAUAAUAGACAAGAUCCUUGCGAAUAACAGAUAAUAUCCUUGUAAAUCACAGUGGAUCCUAAUGAAUAGCAGAAAAUAUUAUGAAUAACUGGUGUUAUCUUUGUAACGUUCAAUAUUCUUGUUCAUUGUUAAUAACGAUCAGUAUCCUUGUGAAUAACACAAUAUCCAUGUGAAUAAAGAACAGUAUCCUUGUGUAUCACAGACAAUAUUUUUGUGAUUAACAGACAGGAUUCUUAUGAUGAUCAACAGUAUGCUUGUGAAUAACACAGUAUCCAUGUGAAUAACAGAAAGAAGUCUUUCGUCUGACUACAUUCUUGUAAAUAACUGACAAGAUGUUUGUGAAUUAUGGAGCAUAUUCUUGUCAAUAACAAGAUCCUUGUCAAUAACAGACCAUAUUCUUUUGAAUAACAAAUGGGAUCUAUGUGAAUAACACUGUAUCUUUGUGACUAACAUUCCGGAUCCAAUUGAAUAACAGACAAUUCUUACAAACAACAGAUAAGAUCCUUGCAAACAAUGGACAGUAUUCCUGUCGGUAAGGAGCAGGAUCCUUGUGAAUAAGAGUAUCUUUAGGAAUAGCAAGGGAUCUCCAUUAGUAACAGGAUCAUUAUGAACAACAGACAAGCUUCUUAUGAAAAACAGGAUCUUUGUGAGAACAAAAUGGAUUCUUGUCAGUAAUAAGAGGAUUCCUUGUGAGUAAUAGACAUGACCAUUAUGAGUGACAAUUUGGCCAACAGAUAAAUGGAGAAAGAUUUCAUAGUGGAUUAUGAUAAUCUAAACCUUAUGUGUGUUUCUGGGCCAGAUUGGCAUAUGGGGCCACAGAUAUUAACACUUUUAUGAGGGGCCACAUUUGUUAGGAUCUGUAUUUGGGGCCACGGUAUACUGAUGUGUUAACAUCCAUGUGUCGUUCAAUACCGCCACAAGAAAGGUUGUCAAAUACUGCAUUCCAUGUGUCUUGUUCACAGGUAGUUGUUAUCUGAAGUCUAACUGAAGCACUUUAGUGGAUUAGUGAGACGGAACCUCUCAGAUAAGGACACUCAAAUGCAAAUGUUUCUUCGGAGUCGCACCCAAUACAUAGAAUGCUACAUGUAACUACAAAUCUAAAAGUAUCGUUAUGAAAACAUUCAGGAUACUUGUGAAUAUUGAAGAUCUUUGGAAAUCACAAAAUAAUAUAGUCAUAUUUAUUCAUGGAUUAUCAUAUGUUAUGACAUUAAUAAAUCAAUGUGCUCGUUAAACCGAACAAACGUUUUGUCUACAUUUAAGACUGCUUAGUGUUAAUCAAGUCAGUGUGAUGCUCCUAACUAGCGGAGGAACAAAGGCCAGAAGAAAGGUAGUUAUUGAGACCAUAUGUAGGUGCAGUAGUGUUUCUGAAAGCUUAUGUAGGCCUAAUAUUGGGGGGGGGGGGGUGUAAAUGUCUUGUGUACAUGUCUAUUUAUUCACCAUGUUUAAUAUGAUAUCAUGUUUUGAUUGUAUUUAUUUUGACACUAGUGGGUGUUAAGAAGCAAAGAGAAAAUGCUUGUUUAAUGACACCCCAGCACUUGUUGACGAUAACACUUCAGAAACCUGUUUUAAAGGCUUUUUAGCGUAAGACUGUCAAAGGCCAUGAUUUUCUGUUGGUUUGACAUGCAGUAUGAAGUGUAACUGUGAACAUUCAGAACAUGAGGGGUGGGACAUAGCCAAGUGGUAAAGCAGUUGCUUGAUGUGCGGUCCGAUUGGGAUUGAUUCCCAUCGGUGGGCACAUUGGCCUAUUCCUAGUUCCAGCCAGUGCACCACAUUUGGUGUA